AUGCUUCAUAUCGUCAUUGCCGGUGCGGGCAUCGCUGGUCUUGCAGCGGCCGUAUCACUACGCCGAGCAGGUCAUCAUGUCCGACUCUACGAACAGUCUUCUCUGAAUAAUGAAAUCGGUGCCGCCAUUACAAUCCCGCCCAAUGCGAGCCGCAUUCUACUAGCAUGGGGCGUCCGACCACAAGACUGGGGGUUUGUGCUUGCCGAGGGCGCAAGCGGCUAUGAUCCUUUCACAAUGGAAAAGACGAUGGAUUUUGGGGGUAAGGGCUCUGCAGAAGCGAUUGGCGGUGCACCCAUGUAUCUCUCGCAUCGCGUUGAUCUGCACAACUGUCUAAAGUGGCUUGCGACUCGGGAGCAAGGACCGGGUGUACCAGCAAAAAUACACCGGCAAACUGACAGCAAGUUCAAGGACCCAGAGGCACCUUUAAUCACGCUCCGGAACGGCGAAGUGAUACACGCAGACUUAAUCGUCGGCGCUGAUGGUGUACACUCCCGUGCUGCGGAAGCGGUCUUGCAGCACAAGGUCGAAGCAAUUGCACCCCAGCACUCCAACAUUUGCUACCGCUUCUUGAUACCAGCCUCGGUCCUGGAAGAGGAACCGGAAACCAGGCAUUGGAACAUUGCGAAUAGAUCUCGCAUACGAGUUUUCUCGCACAAUGAUACACAGCGACGGCUGGUGACGUAUGUUUGUCGCGACAAUACGGUGCACAACUUUGUUGGUCUUAUUUAUGACGAGUCGGCGCGACUGGACGCCGAGGACUGGCAGGCAUCAGUGAAAGUCGACGAAAUUGUAGACAGGUUCAAAGACUUUCAUCCAGAUAUUGUCAAGGUCAUACGAAAAGCAAAGGACGUCAAACGAUGGCCGCUACUCUACCGAUAUCCGUUGAAAACAUGGCAUAAAGACAUGUUGGUCCUUGUCGGCGAUGCGGCGCACCCUAUGCUACCCCACCAAGGACAAGGAGGUGCCCAGAGCAUCGAGGAUGGGUUGGUGUUGGGCAUCAGCAUGCUUGGAGCUCGGUCACGAAAUGACAUUGAGAGCCGAUUCGGCAUCUACCAGGACGUUCGACGAGACAGGGCCAGUGUCAUUCAAAUUCUGAGUAACAUUGGGCAAGAUCUGGUGCAGCAGCUGCAGAACGAGGUGCUUCCCUAUCUUGACAAGGACAAGAUUCCCACCAAUCCGGCGCAAAUUCAACAGUUUAACUUUGGCUAUGAUGCCAUCCAGGCCGCGCUGGAGGCCAUGCGACGCCACGAGCCUGGGUUUUCGCUGCCAGCCAAUUUUUUCGAUGAAAAGGUUGUUGGAGUUCCGCCGAAAACGGUUUUGGCGGUUCACAGGACAGGCGCAUCUCUGCCGCAUUGCGGAAGCGCGACUACCGACACUGGUCGCGCAGCCGUGGAAAUUUCAUGA